AUGGCUUUACGAAGACUGGCACAAUCGAACAACGCUGCUGCAUCAAGUCCCUCUACACCACCUGUCACUCCAAGGCCUACCACUACACGACAGUCCAUCGGUAUCCAUCAUUCUCCUGCUUCCACACCCUCCAUCUCUUCUUCAAUACCUUUCGACUGGGAAGCGGCAAGGCUCCGACGUCCGCCCCCGUAUGCGACUCCAGCGCGUAAUGGAUCUCGACUCAGUAGGGGCGGUGCUACUUCAACUGGGACACCCGCUAGAAAGGCCAUCGUCCGCAAAAAGAGCUUUGCAGAAAAAAUCAAGUCCAUACCGUCUCGCAUUGCUUUUGAAAUCGCACUCUUUCCACAUAAUGUUCCCUUGCCGACUCCAAAGCACUUGGCGUACGUCUUGGGUGGAGUUUUGCACUUUGUUCAUAUGUGUGUCCGAAUAAGUCAAUCGCGAUCUGUGCGCUCAUCGGAUCUGGAGUGGAACGAGAUGAUGCGAGACAGCGAAGGAAGGUCCUGGUUCGACUGGACCACACCGAUGACGGUCCUGUUAUUGGCUGUUUCGGUCAUGGAUACCGUCUACGCUUUCAGUCGCAUCAAACUUUACCGGUUGCACCGAAGACCGGACCCCGUUUCCUCUCCCAAUGCAAAGUUUGUGUCUUCGGACUUGAACUUUGAGCCUUUGGAACCCCCUCCGUUGAUGACCCGGUUGUGCUCUGGUCUUUGGCACGCUUGUCUCUCCUUUUGGCGUUUCCUUCUAGGUUUGAAGGCACCGCAAUCAAAUACUGUUCCUCGGAAAUCGUCUCGCGUGCAACAGCUCGAAGUAUGGACACCGGGCGAGUUGGAGCUGUCACUGUUCACGAUCUAUUCUCCUGCCCAUUCUCUUAUGUGGAUUGGAACAGGGUCCGCUAAUUGGAUCAUCAUGCUCUUCCUGAUGGGCAUUGUUGGAUUGCAGUUGAAUGUGACGAUCAAAUACUACGCAGAUUUGAUCAGGGACAAAGAGAUUCUUGCAGCUGAGGUGAUGAACGAAUACAACGAAGGGUUUGUAUAUCCACGACUUAACCCUAUAAGAAAAGACGUUGCCAUAAUGACCCAUCAGUCAGAGGUUGUAAAUGUGUGGGAGGAUUAG